CCUUUCGUAUAGCUCUAGGUACUCGACCACCAGAGAUUUUUAUUAUAUAUAGUUAACAAACAUUGCCUGCUGCUAAUCAUCUAUCCAUAAAAUUCGAAUAGGCUACCAAACACACAGCUAGGCAGCUAGUAGCUAGCAAUGAUUAGCAUGGACCACCAGAUGUUCGACGACCCCUUCGGGAGCAGCGGCAUCUCGUCGCUGGAGGCGGACAUCUUCUCCGCCGCCGCCGGCAGCCAGCUGCCGUCGCCGCCGUGGCCGGACUUCGACGACGACUACGACAUCCCCGACCUCUCCGCGCUGCCCGCCAACGCCGCCACCUCCUCGGGCGGCGGCUACGGCUCCGGCGGAUCCGGCGGACACCGCAAGCUCAGCCACAACGCGUACGAGCGUGACCGACGGAAGCAGCUCAACGACCUCUACUCCUCGCUCCGCUCCCUCCUCCCGGACGCUGACCACACCAAGAAGCUGAGCAUCCCCACCACCGUGUCCCGAGUCCUCAAGUACAUCCCGGAGCUGCAGAAGCAGGUGGACAACCUGGAGAGGAGGAAGCGGGAGCUGACCAACGCCAACUGCAAGCCGGGAGUUCUCAACACCAGCGAGAUCGUAACUACUCCCAUUGUUUCUGCUACUUGCCUCAACGACACGGAGAUCAUGGUUCAGGUCAGCCUGCACAGCAAUGUGGCAGCCACGGCUCUCCCUCUCUCCAAGUGCAUAAAGGUGCUGGAGGACGCAGGCCUUCACCUCAUCAGCUCAUCAACCUACUCCACCUUUGGGAACAAGACAUUCUAUAGCCUCCAUCUUCAGAGAAGUCAAAGAACGAUGAACGAGGAGUGCCCGGCAUUCUGCGACGAGCUGGAGAAGAUCGUCAGGAAGAAAGCAGGGGGCGCGUAGCUAGCUGCAGCAGCCAGCAGCUAGCCAGCCAGCCUAGUGUCCACCAGCACACAGUUCUGGCCGCAUGCAUUCUGCACUCCUGCGGAUCAUACGUGUUAUCCCAUAAGCAUGCAGCUGGCUAGCUAAUAUAAGGCCGGUAUUCUAGUUUAAUCUGUAACUGUGAUUGAUGGUGUUCUACCUCUAUUUUCGAAUAUUUGUCGUCUGUCAGUUCAUUUCUGAACUAAAACGCGACAAAUAAAAAAGAAUGAAGAGAGUAGCAUGUGUGUUCUGUUGACACAAAGAAUAUAUAUGUGACAACUGUGGAAGACUGCAAGCAAUAUAUGUAUAGUAUUUUCUCUUCCAAUAAAUUAUAAGACGCUUUGAACUUUCUAUA